AUGACGAUGCUGAUGAAGAUGCCGCCCUCCCAGCUGGACGGGGUCGCGCUCCCGCUGCCCUUCUGCCUCCCGGACGGCUCCGCCUGCGUGGGCCCCGCCCCCGGCCCCGCCCCCGGCCCGUGUGUACAAACACAAAAGAGUGACCGCAGCGACACCAGGAGUGACCGCGGGGACACCGCCGGGGACACCCGGAGUGACCACUGGGACAUGAGGAGCGACCAUGGGGAGACCGCCGGGGACACCAAGAGUGACCGCGGGGACACCUGGGGUGACACCGCCGGGGACACCUGGGGUGACCGUGGGGAUACCAGGAGUGACCGCAGGGACACCAGGAGUGACCGUGGGGAUACCAGGAGUGACCACUGGGACACGAAGAGUGACCACGGGGACACCCAGAGUGACCACAGGGACACCAGGAGUGACCACUGGGACACCCAGAGUGACCACGAGGACACCCAGAGUGACCAGAGGGACACCGUGGGGGACACCAGGAGUGACAACAGGGACACCCAGACUGAGCGCGGGGACACUGCGGGGGACACCAGGGACACGAGGAGUGACCAUGGGGACACCAGGAGUGACCACAGGGACACACAGAGUGGCCACGGGGACACCGCGGGGGACAACAGGGACACCCAGAGUGACAACGGGGACACCCAGAGUGACCGUGGUGACACCAGGAGUGACCGCAGGGACACCAGGAGUGACCGUGCGGACACCACAGGGGACACCGGGGACACCGAGAGUGACAAUGGGGACACCCAGAGUGACCUCAGGGACACCAGGAGUGACCGCAGGGACACCAGGAGUGACCGUGGAGACAUCAAGAAUGACCACGGGGACACCCAGAGUGACCGUGGGGACACCAGGAGUGAUCAUAAGGACACCGUGGGGGACACCAAGAGUGACAAGAGGGACACCAAGAGUGACAACAGGGACACGAGGAGUGACCGCGGUGACACCCAGAGUGACCACGGGGACACCAAGAAUGACCAUAAGGACACCGUGGGGGACACCAAGAGUGACCAUGGGGACACCAGGAGGGACCAUGGGGACACUGCAGGGAACACCGGAGACACUGGGGGGGACCGCAGGGACAGCAAGAGUGACCGCAGGGACACUGGGGAGACCCAGAGUGACCGCAGGGACACCAGGAGUGACCAUGGGGACAUUGAGAGUGACCAGGGGGACAUCGAGAGUGACCACGGGGACACCCGGAGUGACCACAGGGACACCAGGAGUGACCACAGGGACAUCAGGAGUGACCACGGUGACACCCAGAGUGACCACAGGGACACGCAGAAUGACCAUGGUGACACACAGAGUGACCGUGGUGACACCCGGAGUGACCACAGUGACACCCAGAGUGACCUCGGUGACACCCAGAGUGAUGUCGGUGACACCCGGAGUGACCUCAGGGACGCCAGGAGUGACAACAGGGACACCCAGAGUGACCGCAGGGACACCAGGAGUGACCACAGGGACACCAGGACUGACCGCAGGGACACUGGGGACACCCAGAGUGACCGUGGUGACACCAGGAGUGACCAUGGGGACACCCAGAGUGACCUCGGAGACGUCCAGAGUGACCUCGGAGACACCCAGAGUGACCAUGGUGACACCCAGAGUGACCGUGGUGACACCGGGAGUGACCUCGGGGACACGCGGAGUGACCACGGUGACAGCGGGAAGUGUCCCCAGGGCCGCUGCCGUGAGUGGGACACGGGGCAGGGACACGGGCUGGGGGCGGCUGGGCCUUGAUGGGUCCUUGCAGGACCUUGAUGUGACCUCCGUGACCUUCUCGUGUUUGUCCUUGAUGUUCUCGUGUCUGUCCAUGACCUCUGUGUCCAUCCGUGACCCGUGUCCAUCCCCAUGUCCAUCCCUGACCUGUGUCCAUCCCUGUCCAUCCAUGACCUUCUCAUGGCCACCCAUGACCUCCG